GUGCAAUAAAAGUAUCGGUGCUUUUUAUCUGGCCUUAUAAAAUUUUUACGAACUUCUAUAUAAGAGACCUCUUUGUUUGUAAUGGCCUUUGGUGCAAUAUUUUUUAGCACAAUGGAGUAUUAAUAUUGACUUGGCGUACACACCGCACCAAAUUUUACUGGCAACAAAAUGUAGUUGGUUCAAGUUCAGUUUUCCGUCGCAUCUACGCUGCUUCAUUUCCGAACACUCGUGCAAAUGAAAGUUGUGUUGAUUUACAUUUGAUUCUUUUGGUGCUGCCCGCUAAAUUGCCAAUUACCUACGUUAGCUAUCCCGGAAAGGACCGAUUUCGAUCACUCCGAUCGACGUUGGGCGCUAAUUAAGGCAUGAGCAUCGAAAUCGGUAGGCCUUGUUUAACGUCACCAGGAGCAACGCUUUACCAACGUGAGGAUACCCGGAACAUUGGAAGCACGAUUCGACACGCGGGCGUUAUCGGCCUAUGGGCGUCUCCAGUUGCGGGCCAACGUGGGUUGGCGAAACCCGGAUCACCGGGAAUGCGGCUCGGUAAACUUGGCGGAUUUAUUAACAACGCCGUACAAGCUACUAAAAAAGGUUCAGGUAAUGGUGAUAUCCAAUGGAGCUUCUCGCAGGUGAAAGGAACUCUGGACGAUGAUGUAACCGAAGCCGAUAUUAUUUCGUGUGUCGAAUUUAAUCACGAUGGAGAACUUCUGGCAACUGGUGACAAGGGCGGCCGGGUCGUUAUUUUCCAAAGGGAUCCCGCAUCGAAGGCAUGUCUACCAAGGAGAGGAGAGUAUAACGUUUAUUCCACAUUUCAAUCUCACGAACCGGAGUUUGACUACCUCAAAAGUUUAGAAAUAGAGGAAAAAAUUAAUAAAAUUAGAUGGUUAAGGCGGAAAAACCAAGCACACUUCCUUCUCUCGACAAACGAUAAAACAAUAAAGUUAUGGAAGGUAUCGGAAAGAGAUAAAAAAGUGGAGGGCUACAAUACUAGGUUAGAAAACGGAUCGGUUGUCGAUCGCGAUAACUUUUGCUCUUUACGAGUGCCAAUCAUUAAGCCCAUGGAACUAAUGAUCGAAGCCUCGCCUAGACGAAUAUUUGCCAACGCGCACACCUACCACAUAAAUUCCAUUUCGGUUAACUCGGAUCAAGAGACUUAUCUUUCUGCGGACGACCUACGAAUAAACUUGUGGCACUUAGAGAUAACGGAUCAAAGUUUUAAUAUAGUUGAUAUUAAACCGACUAAUAUGGAGGAAUUGACCGAAGUUAUUACGGCUGCAGAAUUUCAUCCGGUCGAGUGUAAUUUAUUCGUUUACAGUAGCAGCAAAGGCACAAUAAGGUUAUGUGAUAUGCGAUCAGCAGCUUUAUGUGAUAGGCACGCGAAAUUGUUCGAGGAGCCCGAGGAUCCUACAAAUAGAAGUUUUUUUUCCGAAAUAAUUUCCAGUAUUUCCGACGUUAAGUUAUCAAAUUCGGGAAGAUAUAUGAUUUCUAGGGACUAUUUAUCUGUUAAAGUUUGGGAUCUGCAUAUGGAGACCAAACCAAUCGAAACGUAUCCGGUGCACGAGUAUCUUCGAUCGAAGUUGUGUUCGUUGUACGAAAACGAUUGCAUAUUCGAUAAGUUUGAGUGUUGUUGGAAUGGCAACGAUUCGGCGAUAAUGACUGGUUCCUACAAUAAUUUCUUCCGAAUGUUUGAUAGGACAACAAAGCGCGAAGUAACCCUAGAGGCAUCGCGCGAUAUCGCGAAACCUAAAACUGUGCUUAAACCACGUAAAGUUUGUACCGGCGGUAAAAGGAAAAAGGACGAAAUCAGUGUAGAUUGUUUAGAUUUCAAUAAGAAAAUUUUGCAUACGGCUUGGCAUCCCACAGAGAAUAUCAUCGCUGUCGCGGCAACUAAUAACUUAUUUUUAUUCCAAGAUAAGUUUUAGCGUAAUUAGACCAAGUUAUAGGUAUCACAAUCGUCUCAUGUUCAGACUUUCCGGCUUUAGUUGUGGUUUUUUUUGUUGUAGAGGGAUGUAUCAAAGUUGACGUCCAAUACUCGCAAUAAAUAAAUAGUUGAUAUAUAAAAGUGCAAAUAUCGUGAUAGAACAUGAAUGGUGCAAAUCACUUUCUUACAAAGAAUUACCUCUUAAGAAAUUUAAAUGUAACGCAUGAAGGCAUUUUGUAAUGUGUAGGUUAAAACAAUUUUUUACCCGGUGUUAUUUUAUAUUGGUAAAUCAAUUAUUAUACUAUGUAAAUAGUCGAGGAAUUAUAUACGAUCGCAAUUUUUUUGCUGAAAAUGAAUUACUAUCUAACAUAACUCGGACGAACUGUAGUUAUUUUAUUUUUAAUAAAGAAAUCUUAUUUUCAACUAAGUAACGUAUUUGCCUUACAGUGCCAUUUGCGGAUUGUUGAUGUUAUUGUGACACAAACUGAUAUUCCUUUAACAAACGGCUUCGAUGUCUGUACAUGUAUUUAGAAGCUUGGAUGGAGGCUUCAAUUUUUUUGUAAAAAGAUAUCUAAACAGUAUAUGUAUAUACGUGAAUUUUUUCUCAAGAAUAUGAUUAAAUAUUUUAAGUUAAUUGAAAAUAAUUUAGCCUUAAGGUUCAUUUUAUUGUCGUAUGAAUAUGGACACCAAAUAAAGACAUUAAAUAUUUUAAUUCUA